UAGAGAUCCACAUUGCAUAGUGCGCUGCACAAGAAAAAGACCCAAAUAACUGAAGAAGGGAAGACUCUCCGUUCCCUUUUUUUUUUUUUUUUAAUAAUUAUUUUUAACUUUUUGCUAACUAUUCAGUUGCCCCUAUCACUGUGAGCUCCGUACUCUCUUCUGCAAAUCCUCUCAUUUUUCACACACUAAUUUGAAACAUCCGGAGAAAUGGAUGCUGCUACCGAUAGAAAUUAUCUCAGUCCCUUUUUGAAAAGAUUUCCGGCAACUUCCUCAAGCGAUUUGGGCUCAAAACGACGCAAACGGAUAAAAGCGGAUGAAGGAAAUGGUUAUAGUUUUUCUAGCUAUGGUAGCUUUCCUGCAUCAUGGCGCUUCGCAUUUGACAAGAAAAGACAAGUUCUGAAUGAGUCGGAUCCUUUCACCACGAAGGAUUUGUUGAACCAAUUGGAUUCUGGCAAAUUUGGAAGUGUGACCAAGGAGAUAGAAGACCUUAUCAAGCGGAGGAGGCGGGUGUUGGAUUCCUUCUAUGCUCUGAAUCCUGAACUAUCAUCGACGAUAUGUCUGGAUGUGCAAGACAAAGUGGCGUCAAAGCCGAUGGAGGUAGCUCCUGAUGUGAUUGACCUUGAUGAUGACAAGGAUGACGAACUGGAACGGUUGGUUCCAGAAUCACAGCUUUCUCAUCAUGCUGCCCCAGUGGUUAUCAUUGAUUCAGACGAUGAUAAUGAUGCUACAACUGGCCAUCUUGAAGUGGAUUUGAAGCCACCUUCUCUUGAUCUUGUCAUUAGGGAUAAACCUUCUGGAGCUGGAAAUCUUCUGAUGAAGGAUUAUGUGGACCGGAGUUCUUCUGGUAAAAGCAAAAAUUCUCAAGAAGCGGGUGUGCAAAUGUAUAUUACAGGCGAAGCUGAAAUUGGAUUCACGAAGGAUAAAGGAGAGUAUGUGGGUACUGAUGACCUAGAGGAAAGUGAUGAAUUGUCUGAUACCAAUUCAGAUGGUCUAGAUAAUAUUUGGAAGGAGAUGACCUUUGCUCUAGAGGGUUCAAAGGAUGCUCCUGGAGUAGUUCUACAUGAUGAAUAUGAUGUUGGGGAGGAAGAAGACUGCGAACAUUCUUUCAUUUUUAAAGAUGACAUUGGUGAUGUAUGCCGAAUUUGUGGGGUUAUUAAGAGAGGAAUUGAAACCAUCAUUGAAUAUAACUUCUCAAAGACCACAAGGACUACAAGAACUUACAGAUAUGAAGGACGAACCACUAGAGAAUAUGAGCAAACUGAUAUUCCCAUUGAUGGAUUCAAAUUAUCAGAUGGUGAUCCUGGGGUUGCUGAAAUUCAUCCACAUCCACGCCACAGAAAAGAGAUGAAACCCCAUCAAACUGAGGGAUUUAACUUUCUUCUGAGCAACCUAGUGUCAGAUAAUCCUGGAGGUUGUAUACUGGCACAUGCUCCUGGUUCCGGUAAGACAUUCAUGAUUAUCAGUUUCCUUCAGAGUUUCAUGGCAAAAUAUCCAGCUGCAAGACCUCUAGUUGUGCUGCCAAGGGGCAUCUUGUCAAUAUGGAAAAAGGAAUUCCUCCGAUGGCAAGUCGAGGAGAUACCUUUAUUGGAUUUCUACUCAGCUAAAGCUGAAGGCCGCGCACAGCAACUCGAAAUUCUGAAAGAAUGGGUGAGCAAAAGGAGCAUACUGUUUUUAGGAUACAAACAGUUCUCCUCUAUUAUCUGCGACACUGGCAGCGGGCAAGUUGCUACUGAUUGCAUAAAUUAUUUGCUGAAAGUCCCAUCAAUUCUCAUCCUAGAUGAAGGUCACACUCCUCGGAACCCAGAAACUGAUAUCUUGACGUCACUGGAGAGGAUUGAAACUCCAAGAAAGGUGGUUCUUUCUGGGACACUCUAUCAGAACCACGUGCAAGAAGUUUUCAACAUCUUAAAUCUUGUGCGCCCAAAGUUUCUGAAGAUGGACACGUCUAAAGCAAUAAGGAGGCGUAUCUUGAGUAGGGCAGAGAUUGGUGGCAGGAUGAAGCAUGGCAGAGACAAUGGGUUCUAUGAUCUAAUAGAGCACACCCUGAUCAAAGAUGAAAACCAAUCCCGGAAGGUGACUGUGAUACAAGAUUUACGGGAAAUGACAAGAAGGGUCUUGCAUUAUUACAAGGGGGAUAACUUAGAUGAACUUCCGGGGCUUGUAGAUUUUUCAGUCUAUCUUCAGCUCAGCCCCAGACAAAAAGCUGACAUUAAAGAGUUGAAGAAAGUGUCGUUUAGGAAGUUCUCAAUUUGUGCACAAGGAAGUGCUAUUUAUCUGCACCCAAUAUUAAAGACUCUCGCCAAGAAUCCCCUUGUAAAAGAUAGAGUUGAUGAGACGAAAAUGGAUGCUAUCUUGGAGAAUUUGAAUGUGAAAGAAGGAGCAAAGCUCAACUUCUAUAUGAAUCUUCUGCAGCUCUGUGAAUCAAGUGGCGAGAAGCUGCUAGUUUUUAGCCAAUUUCUCCUACCCCUGAAAUUCUUGGAGAGGAUAACGUCUAAGGUCAAGGGUUACAGCAUUGGCAAGGAGAUGUUCAUGAUCACGGGUGAUUCAGAUGCUGGGACACGGGAAUCUUCCAUGGAGAAAUUCAACAGUUCAUCUGAAGCUCGAGUGUUCUUUGGUUCAAUCAAAGCCUGUGGUGAGGGGAUAUCUCUUGUGGGGGCUUCUCGCAUCAUUAUACUGGAUGUUCAUCUAAAUCCAUCCGUCACUCGCCAAGCAAUAGGGCGGGCUUUUAGACCCGGCCAACUGAAGAAAGUCUACACGUACAGAUUGAUUGCUUCGGACUCACCUGAACAGGAGGAUCACGCUACCUGCUUCAAGAAGGAAUCCAUUUCUAAGUUGUGGUUUGAAUGGGACGAAAGCAGCGGUCAGCAAAACUUUGAGAUGGAGGAAGUUGAUGAUAUCAGCAAUUGUGGAGACACUUUUUUGGAAACGGCACGAUUGAGGGAAGACAUAGUUAAAGUCUAUAGAAAGUAAUGUUGCAGAAAUGUUGAUAUCUACUUUUGCAACGGCCCAUCACCGAUCUCAUACAUUCAGUAAUAUCUAUAUAUAUAUAUGGCUGUGAAACUUUUAAAUAGGUUUAGUGGCGCACUGUAGAUAUUGUCCUCUAUAGGAAAGCAUGCUUCUAUCAUUCUGGAUUUGGCUUUUCUUAUAUAGUUCAAUUUGUUGGAAAUUUUUGCUUUUGUGAAGUAGUUCAUUCCAACAGUUAUGCAUUCCAGUGGGGUUUUCAAAUUGUUCAAUCUAAAGCUUUUACUUUUUGCA